ACAACAACAACAAGAAGGAAAAAAAAGGCAAGAAGAAGAAGAAGAAGAACAACAACAACAACAGUAACGUCAUGCAAGCUUACUUGGCGCAGCGCGCAGCUGCGACGGCUGUGCGGCCAACGCCAACGCCAACGCCACCGGCAGCAGCAGCGCCGGCGCCAAGGUGAACGUGCAGCAGCUGAAGCUAUCGCAAUAGAGAGCAAGAGCUAGUGCGAUAGCGAGAGCAAGAGAGCGCGCACGCUGGAGCAGCGAAGAGCGAAACGGUGUCAAAGCAAUGCGCAGAGUUCAGCAGCGCCGCUGCAGUUGCAUUCGAGUUUCAGCAGCGCAACGCAGCAGACGUUGACGACCGCGGGCGGCAGAGAGCGAAAGCGAAUCAAAGCGAAGCGAACUUAAAACCAAAGUCAAGCCCCAGCCGAGCCGAGUCAAGCCAAAUGCGAUCGCAGGCGACGGGGCCAAAGUGCGAAUAACAAAAGACAACAAAACAAACAAAAAAAAAAAAAAAAAACUGUGCUUAACUAAAAAAAAAAAAAAAAAAAACCAGACACAUAUCGCAUGUGUUUUCGGCGAUAAAAAUAACGAUAACAGUCAAUCGAUAAACGAUAAACUUCAAUUAUAGCUACAGAGUGUGUGCUCAGACAAAAUGUGCAGCCGAAAAUGUUUCCGCAUGCCCACGUUAGUCAUCUGCGGCGUCUUGCUGACCAUCGUGCUGGUCUGCAUUACAGGCAUUACCCUAACCAACAGCAUUAACAUAUCGAAUAUCGUUAAAUUGCGAGAAAAGGUCGCCAGCGACUCGGCGGCGGCCAAUGGCGGCCAUCAGGCUGCCCAGACACGCGCCGCGCUCGUUGAGCAGCAGUACUCGACAUUGCAGCAGCAUCAUUUGUCCAAAAGCGAUCUGAACUACAUAUCAGCGGCAACGCAUCCAAAGAAUCUACAGCGUUUCCUAGCGACAGCGCAGCCCCAACAGCAGCAUCAGCAGUCAGCGCAGCCCAACAAGAUUGUUAUCGAGAUCGGUUUACGAAGCAACAGCGGCAGCAGCAGCAGCAGCAGCAGCGGCAACAUCAACGACAGUGGCGCCGCCAGCUUAAUGCCCAUGCCGCAUAUGCUGCAGGCAGCGGAUGCGCUCAUGGAGGGCAAUGUUGAUUCUAUAUCUCUGCCAGCAGCAGCGCCAGCUGCAACACAGACACCGACUACAACAACUGCAACUACAACAACAGCAGCAACAACAAUGAGACCCAACAACAAUGAGACAACAACAACAACAACAACAACAGCUGGCACAACUCUCGUCUUGGGCAUUGCCGAUCAUAAUCCGGCGGGCAUUCAAUUUGAGCGCCGUGCACACGUCAAACAGAUGAUGGAGCACGCCUGGCACAACUAUAAAUUGUAUGCCUGGGGCAAGAACGAGCUGCGUCCAUUGUCGCAGCGUCCGCACUCGGGCAGCAUAUUUGGAUCAUAUGAUUUGGGCGCCACAAUUGUAGAUGGCCUGGACACGCUGUACAUAAUGGGCCUGGAGAAGGAGUACAAGGAGGGACGCGACUGGAUUGAGCGCAGAUUCUCGCUGGACAACAUCAGCGCCGAGCUGUCCGUCUUCGAGACAAAUAUACGCUUUGUGGGCGGCAUGCUAACACUGUACGCCUUCACUGGGGAUCCACUGUACAAGGAGAAGGCGCAGCAUAUUGCGGAUAAGCUGCUGCCCGCUUUUCAAACGCCCACGGGCAUACCCUAUGCGCUGGUCAACACCAAAACUGGCAUGGCCAAGAACUAUGGCUGGGCAUCCGGUGGUAGCUCGAUUCUCUCCGAGUUUGGCACACUGCAUCUGGAGUUUGCCUAUUUAAGCGAUAUAACUGGCAAUCCGCUGUAUCGGGAGCGCGUGCAGACCAUACGCCAAGUGCUCAAGGAGAUCGAGAAGCCCAAGGGGCUCUAUCCCAACUUCCUGAAUCCCAAGACGGGCAAAUGGGGCCAGCAGCACAUGUCGUUGGGCGCUCUGGGUGACAGCUAUUACGAGUAUUUACUGAAGGCAUGGCUUCAGUCCGGCCAGACGGACGAGGAGGCACGCGAAAUGUACGAUGAGGCUAUGCUGGCCAUUAUGGACAAAAUGGUGCGCACCAGUCCCAAUGGGCUGACCUAUGUAUCUGAUCUGAAGUUUGAUCGACUGGAGCAUAAAAUGGAUCAUCUGGCAUGCUUCUCGGGCGGACUUUUUGCACUGGGCGCUGCUACGCGCCAGAACCAGCACACGGACAAGUACAUGGAAGUGGGCAAGGGCAUUACCAACACCUGCCACGAGAGCUAUAUACGCGCGCCCACCCAACUGGGACCGGAGGCAUUCCGCUUCAGCGAUGCGGCAGAGGCGCGUGCGCUGCGCUCGCAGGAGAAGUACUAUAUACUCAGGCCGGAGACAUUUGAGAGCUACUUCGUGCUUUGGCGCCUCACGCACGACCAAAAGUAUCGCGACUGGGGCUGGGAGGCGGUGCUGGCGCUGGAGAAGCAUUGCCGUACACCGCACGGCUACUGCGGCUUGCGCAAUGUCUACCAGCAGGAGCCCCAAAAGGACGAUGUGCAGCAGAGCUUCUUCCUGGCUGAAACACUCAAGUACCUGUACUUGCUGUUCUCAGACGACUCCGUACUGCCUCUGGACGAAUGGGUGUUCAACACGGAGGCGCAUCCAUUGCCCAUCAAGGGUGCCAACAUUUAUUACCGCAAGGCUCCGGUGCCGCUGCCCGCAUCGAAUGCCUCAUAAGCAGUUGGGCGCAGUUGGAUGACCGCGUCAUUUUAAUUGACUAUAUAUCAUUUAAUAUAAUGAUUAUUAUUUAAAUAUUGUAAUGUUUUUUU